ACAGACUGUGGAUUACACCGUUCGACCACUCAAUCAUUCUAAACAAAAACGAUUCACCCAUCUAACUGAUAGAGCAUUUCAACUUAAGGUUGAACUUAAAAAUAAAACGAACUCAACCAAAAAAACGUCUCUUCAGGUAAAUCCUUUUCAGAUGAUGCGAUUUAAUGGUAACGAUGAAUAUAAGCAAUCGGAGUUUACCAAUAAAGCAGGAGUAGGUGAUGACGAGUGCGAGAACGGUGAUAAUCCCAUAAUCCGCUCAUAUUCGUCUCGACCGUCAACACCUAAAAAAUCUUCACCACCAACACCAUCAAGAACACGACGUCAUUCCUUAAUUUCAGAUGAGAAACAUAAUCUGUCUUCGCCGCCAAAAGGUGUAGCCUACACUCCAAACAAGAUUGUUACCCCUGCAGAUGCUGCCGCUGUGCUGGCGGCUUCACUGGCACCCAAAGACAAUUUCAUAAACUAUGAUAAUAGAAAGUUGCAUUAUCAAUCUCAUCCGUAUAAAUAUAAUAACGAAGAAAAGUCAAAAAGACAAUUAAGGCGUAGUUCCAGCUUUAAUCACUCAAAUCCUCAUCAAACAUCUACUAACCAAGUUAUUGAUGUUGCAGAAGUAUUAUCCACCGCUGUUUCUUUUGUAAGAGAAAAUAAUAGGAAAUUAGAUCGACUUUCUGACGAGGUUAGAAGUGACGGGCAAAGCAGUGAAAACGACAUGGAUUCGGAUGACAGUGACUCAUGGCAACAUUCUAGUAGGAGUAGGAGAGAGAUUGAAAAUGAAAUCUCAAAAUUGGCUACUCAAUUAGAGUCUAUGAAACAAAAGUAUGAAGAUCAAAUCCGUGGAAAAAAUAGGUUAAUAGAGGAACUCGAAUAUUCUUUGAAAAAAAGUGAAAAGGAUGGUAAAAAGAAACGGAGUGAAAUUGAACGCUUAGAAAACCAGCUCGAAGCUCAGAGAAGAGCAAUAGACGAACUGGUUGAACAGCAAAAUUUGCUCACCAGAAAUCAAUCUCCUAAUCCUGAACAAGUUGAAGCUUUACGACAUCUUGAACAAGAACUAGAUGACAAAAAUAAAACUAUUGUAGAUCUUGAAAAAAAGAUUCAAGUUACUUCCGCUCAUCAUAUAUCUGAAUCUAAAGAAAAAGAAAGAAAGUUGGAUUUAAUUUCAAAUCAACUUUUUAAAUAUAAAACUCUUGAAACUCAAUGGGAUGAUAAACAAAAAACUCUCGAUUCCUUAACUUCACAAUUAGAAGUUCUUAAAAAAAAAGAGGUUGAACUUAAUGAAAAAGACUCUUUAAUCGAAUCUCUAAAUAUACGUUUAGAUACUUCCCAAAAAGUUAUUGCUGAAUUAAGGGAAAAACAUGCUCCACAUGAUUUAUUAAGACAACUUCGUCAAAAAGAUUAUAUAAUUGAUCAUCUUAAUCAACGAGUUGAGGACAUUGAUGCUGAUAUGAAAGAUAGAGAUGAUCAAAUUGAAGCUCUUGCCACAUGUUUAGCUGAAGAAAAGAAACAAAAUGAAAGAUUAGAAGAAGUAGUUUUGGAAAUUGAUCCAUUAAAAAAACGUGUUGAAGAAAUGGAAAAUUCUAAUGGUAAUCUUCAACAACAAAUUACUCAAAAAGAAAAGAUGCUCGCCGAUCUCGAAAAUAAAUAUAAAGAAGCAUUAAAAACUUGUUCUGAUAGUUCUGAUAAACUUAAAAAUCAAGAACAAAAUAUUAACUCUCUUCGUCAAGAAUUAACUCAGCUUAAACAAGAGGCACGUGAUAAAGGCAUAUAUAUCACAACUCUUGAGAAUGAAACUGCUCAUAUGCGAUCAAAUUAUCAAAGGCUCAUUAAUGCUCUCACUGAGAAGGAUCAAAGGAUCGCAUAUUUCGAGCAAAAUUUAGAAAAUCUCAAGAAUCAACAAAAUGUGGCAAAGUCUGAAUCUCAAGAAAAAGAAUCAAAAAUUAAUAAGAAUGAGGUUCGAUUAAAUGCUUUACAAAAAGUCUUGAACACUAAGAUCGAAGCUUGCAGAGAUUAUGAAAAGAAAAUCUCUGAAUUAGAGAAAGAUCUUGAUAGUUUAAGGAAACAAAUGGAAGAUUCAAAAACAUCUAGUUCUGAAAAAGAAAUUAAAAUUACUAAACUCGUCAAAAUGAACCGCCAACUUAAAGAUGAAGUGGCGGUUCUUAAAGAAAAAAUGGAGGAGAAAGAGCAAGAGCUCAUUACAAUUAAAUCAAAGAUUCCUCAACCUGUUCCCGGAAAAUCUUCUGCUUCAUCCGUCAGAUCAUCAACUUCUUCAAAACCUAAAUCUAGGGUGUCUUCUAUGUACAGCGUAAGUGGGGGUGAAAGUAGCAGUGAUGAAACGGCGAAUGGAUCUCGUAUACGAAAACAUGCCAGUCUUAGUGGCAUUGAGAGCCCGGUAUUGAAGAAAAAGACUACAAUCGACCCAUCAAAACGACUUUCUGAUAUCCCUCGUACAUCUUUGACCAGAACCAGAUCUUCCCCUUCAUCUUCAACUGUCAGUAGUGUUAGAAGUGCUACUAUUACACUUCCAAAAUCACUUCCAAAAUCUAGGAUGUCUUCUACUCCUAAUAGCACUAUUGAAGCUCUCAAAAAGAAACGUGACGCAACCAUCACACCCAAAAAAGAACCUAGUCCCAUUAACCGAUCCGCGGUUACCCAACGUAAGCGCGAUAUGGUUGUCCUUAAUCAUAUGUUGAGUGGUGUUGCUCCCCAAAAAAGACCCAACACCGACAGUAAAGCAGUAAAGAAAAAAUCAACCGAUUCAGUAUCAAGUGAUAGUGAACGUGAAACAACAAAAACUGGACCAGCGAAGAAACGAUCUAGUGAUUUGGCCACAAUCAUGGAAAAAAUUCGUGAAGAUUCUACUAAGAAAGGAACUAAAGCAAAAGUGACCAGACCUACUAUAGAUACAAAAACUCCAAAAUCUCCAGUAAAGACAAGAACUCCUUUGACUAGACCUUUGCCGUCAAAAAAGGAGUAA